GAUAGGAGAGAGAACGUUAUUCGCCUCUUGGCAUUUGUCAAGUGUGGUUGUUCAUUCACGGCUCCCGCGUUACUGAUAUUGACCUGUGUGUAUUUUCCUCCAAGUUUACGCAAACUAUGGCGCACUUCGCUAUGAACUCUGAUGAAUUGUCUGACAGCGAUCAAGACGGUUUGAUUUAUUCGUUGGGUGCCCGAGAACCAUCGUUUAAUCUUGAUUUGCUUUCAAAUCCUGGAAGCUUUUCACAGGUAUCAGAGUUUCUCAAUUCCAUAAAUUCAGGCGAAGAGAGCGGAAAUAUCCAGUCCUCUAUGGAUCAAAAGUUAGAUUUGAAUUACGUUUCUAUCCCAAACAUUGGCGAUACAACAAUGAAUACCGCUACUUUCUAUGAAGAAAAUUUGUCAACAAUAAAAGAAUCGGAUUUAUAUAAUUCAGAACUUUGUUUGGAAACUUCACCGCCCGAUUUGACAGUAGCUAAUACAGUGGUCAGUGACAAAGACUACAGAAAUAAACGCGAACGUAACAACAUUGCUGUCCGUAAAAGCAGAAUCAAAGCUAAAUCGAAGAGAGCUGUUACACAGAAUCGUGUGUCUCAACUCAAAGAAGAAAACAAACAGCUAGAAGAAAAAAUCAAAACCCUUGUCCAAGAACUUAAAUUAUGUAGAAGUUUAUUUGUCCAAAAAGGUUCUCCUGUUCCAGACCAACUUCAGUCAAUGUUAGACGAAAACAUUUUGUAAAUUUUUAUUCAUUAACGAUACGAGUUUUAAAUAUGUUUAACCUUGGGUUAUUAUACCUUAAUGACUAUUGAAAUCCAGGACGAGUCGGAGAUUUAUAAAUUUACAAAAAUAUGGAUCGCACUUGUAUUUCAUAUCGUCUCACUUUUUGCAAUAUUUGCAUUGAAUGUUUGUCAGAAUUUAGCUAUAGAAAAAAAUGUAUGAAGUGGGAUGCAAUGACAGAAAAAUAUUUUCCUAUACUUUCUACAAAUUGGGCAAAUUUUCUUAGCGCCAAAGCAACAUUUUUUUAAAUGUGAUUUUCAUUCAUUCAAAGAACCUGGUGUAUCGUUAAGAACGUUAUAAGAGAAUGUUCUUUCAAAAAUUAAUGGAACUGCAAUUAUUUUUGUAAAUAUUCAUU